AAGAAAGAUAUUACACAGGAAGUCUCUCAAAAUCUUCCACCAAUCUCUUCUUUCCUCCUGGAAUUCUCCUUGGCUCAUCUUGGAAGCAAGAAGAAACCAAGCCUUCCUUCUCUCUUCAUCUUCGUCAUCAUCAUCAUCUUCUUGCAGGGAAAAAGGCUUAAUUUUCCGAUAUGCAACAAGGAGAUUACAGUUCCUACUAUCACCAAUAUCCUCACCUUCAAUACCCUAACCCUAAUCCCAAUCCGACGGCCGAUCUUCAUCCAAGCUCUUACGCCUCAGCACCUCCGUUUACAACAAGUUACUCUCCCUCCGAUUAUUCGUCUUAUACCCAAAAUUACCCUCCUUACUCUCAAAAUCAUGAUCCUCCUGCACCUCCCACGGCUCCUAUGACAACUCCAACUCCAACUCCAAACCCUAAUUCACUUUCUUCAUUCAAUCCCAUCCCUCCACAACAACCACUACAAUUCUCUCCUUACGAUUCACAUGUUCCGUACCAACCGACACCGACACCGACCACGCAACAACAGCAACCACAACCACCGGCUGCUUAUUUCCCGCCGUUUGAUCAGCAUCAGACGCCUUCCAGUUACGCUCCCCAAAAUAAUAAUCUCAAUUCGUCUUACUCCUCGAUGUACUCCGCCCCCUUCAGCAACGUAGGUUCAUCCGUGCCGCCAAUGUAUGAGAACCCGUACGAGAAUUCUAAUUCGAUGAAAUUUGAUUCUGGUGGUGGUUACGUCGACGAUAAAUACGGGGGUUACAACCGAAGCCGUUCUGAUUUGGGCUCGGAUCUUUAUGGAAAGCGACCAGAAAGCAAUAAUUUUUCGCGGUAUGAUAUUGGGCGAGAUGAUUUGUAUGGGGAUGGUGUGUUUGCGUAUAAUGGGGGCAAGGUGGAACCAUACGGGGCUCGUGGCACGAUCCCAAAGUCAUCAACAUCUACUUUGUUUGAUGAUUACGGGCGGUCCAUUAGUCUGCCGACUGGGAAGGAUUCACACUCAUCAGUCAGCUCAGGUUCGAGUAAGAUCGUGAGAGCAGUACCCAAAGUGGAAACGCAGCAGGAUGUGAAGAGUGGAGUUCAGAAGUUUAGAGUAAAACUUUUACCUGAAAGUGGCGGCCAGAGUACCAUGGAUGUGCUCUGCCAGAUUGGCUUGGAUGGAAUUCGUAUGCUUGAUCCCAGUACUAGCCGGACAUUGAGAAUAUACCCUCUUGAGAAUAUUACAAGAUGUGAACUGGCUGAUUCUUCUACCUUAGCAUUUUGGUCAAAGAGCUCUGUUGACAUUGAACCAAGACGGAUCAGAUUGCAAUCAAACAGUUAUACUACAAAUACUCUUCUGGACACGGUGACAGCUGCAACUGUACAGCUGAAGGAGAUGGGUGGAAGAAGCAGGCCUUCUGACACCUUGAAGACGGCUGAACAGCCUGUGGAGAAAAAGAAAGGGUUAGCAGAUUGGAUGAACAUAAUAAAACCUGGGAAUGAAGAGAAAGAACAUUGGGUCCCUGAUGAAGCAGUUUCUAAGUGUACAGCGUGUGGCACAGAUUUUGGGGCUUUUGUGCGAAAGCAUCAUUGCAGGAACUGUGGUGAUAUUUUCUGUGACAAGUGCACAUAUGGUAGAAUUGCUCUUACUGCUGAUGAGAAUGCUCAGCCAGUUCGAGUGUGUGACAGAUGCAUGGCUGAAGUGACUCAAAGGCUAAGUAAUGCUAAAGAAGCAGCUAACAAACCUUCAUUGCAGAGUCAUGAGGAUCUUGCCAGGAAACUUCAGGAGGAAAUGGAGAGAAAUCGCAGGGCAACAUCAGGUUCCAAGACAGAUGGAUCUGGGAGACGGAUGAGGGAAGUUGCUUGUCCUAUUUGCACUGUCCACUUGCAGGUCCAGGUUCCCAGCACAGGUUCUGAGACAAUUGAGUGUGGGGUUUGCCAGCAUCCUUUCCUUGUGAGUGCUCAUUGAUUACAAUGCCUCAUUCCACUGAUGGAGGGUCUCAAAUGUCUGUCUGUGGAUAAUAUCUCUGUUUUAUUUUAUUUACUUGUUCGGUUUAGGGUUAACAAUAAUUUGGAUUAGCAUGUAUAUCAUCUUUUCUUGGUUUGUUCCAAUGAACUCUAUUGACCAGAUGCCUUUCUGUGUCAUCUUUUGUGUGCAUAUGGAGUUCAUAUAAGUUCCAUUUAGUUGUCUGUUUAUAAAACAAAGAGUUAAUUUACAGAGGAAUGUAACUAUUGUUUUUAUGGUCUC